CUGCUCUAGUGAUUUGCCAGAGCUUUAGCUUUGAAGGAAAGGGUUGCAAAGAGCCAGUUAGAGUCAACGACGUAGUGAAGGGACGAUGGAUGCAUGACGGCUCCAACGGGCCAAAAGCGAAGCAACGAGAAACACAAUUAAAAGUUGCUCCCACAGCUUUGUGGAUAUAGAGGAGAUUACAGGAUCACAUCGACAGCUGACAUGAGGUUAGUCAGCACAGGGGUCCGGGCCCAGCGGGCCGCGGAGCCGUCUGAACCAGAGGCAGAGGAAGCGACGGAGCCGGUUCACCAUGAGCACUCUCAUUCAGAGCACCACGAGCAUUCCCACCCAGAACAUCACCCUGGACACGACUACAACCACAUGAAAGAGAAGUUCAUGAAUGAAUUUACUCAUCUGCCAAUUCCCAUCUGGGCAGUGGCAGCCAUCGUUGUGGUGGUCCUGGUUUUGGUGGCGUGCUGCAUCUUCUGUGUUAUCAAAAAAUGCUUUGCGAAAAAGAAAAAGCCGAAGAAGGUGAGGGAGAGGAAGGCAGGUCGCGUCAGAAAGAACAAGGAUGGUGAAGGAGAAGCCGGAGAAAAGGAGGGGGAGGUGAAGAAGGAAGGCGAGGAGCAGGAGAAAGAACAGGAAAAGUUGGGUAAACUGGAGUUCUCCUUGGACUACAACUUCACAGAUACCCAGCUUAUAGUGGGCAUCCUCCAAGCUCAGGACCUUGCUGCUAUGGACAUGGGGGGAACCUCAGACCCCUACGUCAAAGUUUUUUUGUUACCUGACAAAAAGAAGAAGUAUGAGACCAAGGUUCAACGCAAGAAUUUAUGCCCCGUUUUCAACGAGACUUUCCUCUUCAAGAUCCCGUACGCAGAGUUGGGUGGAAAGACUUUGGUGCUGCAAGUUUAUGACUUUGACCGUUUCUCCAAGCACGACAUGAUUGGCGAGAUAAAGAUUCCCAUGAACAGCGUUGAUUUGGGUCAGCCAAUGCAACAGUGGAGAGACGUGGAGAGUGGUGAGAAGGAGGAGCAAGAAAAGCUUGGUGAUGUUUGCAUUUCUUUACGGUACGUACCCACUGCUGGGAAACUGACAGUGAACAUCAUGGAGGCAAAGAAUCUGAAGAAAAUGGAUGUGGGAGGAUUGUCAGAUCCAUAUGUGAAGAUCGUUCUACAGCAAAAUGGGAAACGCAUCAAGAAGAAAAAGACGACGGUGAAGAAAAACACGCUCAAUCCCUACUUUAAUGAAAGUUUCAGCUUUGAAGUCCCCUUUGAGCAGAUACAGAAAGUGCAGGUCGUCAUCACAGUGUUUGACUACGACAAACUCGGGAGCAAUGACCCCAUUGGAAAGACCUUCAUGGGUUACGGAGCAACAGGAGUGGGCCUGCGUCACUGGUCGGAAAUGCUGGCCAAUCCCAGACGUCCGGUAGCCCAGUGGCACACUCUCCUGCCAGAGGAAGAAGUUGAGGCGGCAAUCAAAGCAAAACCCCGCUAGAGUCGAACUUAUUGCAUAGGCCUACUGUUGACCCUGAUGUUGUCUCAAUUCGUAUGUUAAGUUCUCCAACACAUAUUGUUUCUUUUUUUGAGGUACAUGACACGUGUGUACGAGUGCUGGUGUGUUGUUUUAGGAAAUUUGGUUGUCAUUAAAAAUCCUGCCUCCCCUAUUAAUAUGCGUUACACCUGUAAACUGAUAGGAAUAAGUACUUGUAUAAUGACCAACACAAAAAUGUAAAUGUGCAUAUGUUGUUUAUGCACUUGCAUGGGCCUAAUAAAGAUUUGUGGCAUAAA